UAAGGCUUGAAUCUGCAUUCUUCUGAGGUGGUCAUCUGAAGACGUGCUGCACCACUGCUAACCAGCCGAGCUGAUCGAGCCGUUCUCAACCCAGCUUCUGUGGAGGAGGGGGAGUGAGACAGCAUGUGAGCGCUGCUUGGAGCCCCUUUCAUUUGUGGAUGACAAACUACAGCACAGCACAAUGGCUCAAGUGGACUCUGAGUUUGGUGUGAAGGGCAGCAGCCUCAUCAGGGAAUGGAGUGGACAGGUCCAGCCGGCUCUGGUCGCCUCCUUCGUUUUCCUCUUCUGUCUGGAAGCCUGUCUGUGGGUCAGGAACCUCAGGCUCAAGAGACGACUGCCGGGACCUUUCGCCUGGCCCGUGGUGGGCAACGCCAUGCAGCUGGGCCAGAUGCCGCACAUCACCUUCACCAGGCUGGCCAAAAAGUACGGCAACGUGUACCAGAUACGACUCGGCUGCAGCGACAUUGUGGUUCUAAAUGGAGACAGGGCGAUCCGUCAGGCUCUGAUAGAGCACAGCACAGAGUUCGCAGGCAGACCCAACUUUGUCUCAUUUCAGUCUGUCUCAGGGGGGAAAAGUAUAACUUUCACCAAUUACAGCAAACAGUGGAAGAUGCAUAGGAAAAUUGCUCAAUCAACAAUUAGAGCGUUCUCAUCCGCCAACAGCCAGACCAAGAAAGCCUUUGAGCAGCAAAUUGUGGCAGAGGCCACAGAGCUAGUUGAGAUUUUCCUUAAACUCAGUGCUCAGGGCCAGUAUUUCAACCCUGCUCAUGAGCUGACAGUAGCUUCAGCUAAUGUGAUUUGUGCUUUGUGCUUUGGAAAACGAUACGGACACGAUGACGUUGAGUUUAGAGCCUUGAUAGAGCAGGUAGAUCAGUUCGGACGGACGGUUGGGGCCGGCAGCCUUGUAGAUGUGAUGCCAUGGCUUCAGUCUUUCCCUAAUCCAGUCCGCAGUGUCUUUAAAAACUUCAAAAUCCUGAACAAAGAGUUCUUCACGUUUAUCCAGAGCAAAGUGAAGGAGCACAGAGAGACAUUUGAUCCAGAGGUGACGAGAGACAUGAGCGAUGCGUUUAUCGGCAUCAUUGACAAAUCUGACAGUGAUAAUGGGCUCACCAAAGGUCACGCUGAGGCGGCGGUGUCCGAUCUGAUUGGAGCAGGCCUGGACACUGUCUCCACGGCUCUUCACUGGAUCGUCCUUCUUCUGGCUAAACACCCUGAAAUCCAAACCAAACUCCAUGAGCUCAUAGACAAAGUGGUGGGCCCGGACAGACUGCCAUCGAUCGAGGACAGGAGCAGCCUCACGUACGUGGACGCCUUCAUCUAUGAGACUAUGCGCUACACCAGCUUCGUCCCAGUCACCAUCCCCCACUCCACGACCUCAGACGUCACCGUUGAGGGCCUUCACAUCCCCAAGGACACGGUGGUCUUCGUCAAUCAGUGGUCCGUCAAUCACGACCCCCUAAAUUGGAAGGACCCACAAGACUUUGACCCCUCGCGCUUCCUGGAUGAAAGUGGCUCCCUGGACAAGGACCUCACAAACAAUGUUAUGAUCUUCUCAGCAGGGAAGAGAAGGUGCAUCGGGGACCAGAUUGCCAAAGUCGAGAUUUUUUUGUUCUUCGCGAUUCUGCUCCACCAGUGCAGCUUUGAGAAAUGCCCCGACGAGGACCUGUCUUUAAAUUGCUCGUAUGGUUUAACACUGAAGCCUUUAGAUUACAAGAUCGCUGCCAAACUCAGGGGAAGAACCACUUAAAGGCCAAUAAAAAGCUGUGUGACUGUGGUUUCUGCGAUUUAAGAAAAGCAGUGUGAGGUAAGUCUUCUGGAAUAAAUAUGUAUGCCUUGUAUGACAGAGGAUUUUUUUUAUAGCUUUUGAUUAACCCCCCCAAAAAAUGCAAACGAUAAGCUUGUUACUUCUGCUGACAUUUGUGAAAGUUAUUUCAUUGGGAAACAAAGCAUUGGUUAAUGUAUUAAAACUAUGCAUCCUUAGUAAGAAUAAAAGUUAUUUCUCAGCUCAAAGAAGAUUUCACUCCUCAAAAACUGGGAGUCUAAGCGAAUGAGAAAACCUGAAAAUAUACUGUGUCAUGUAAGUGACAGAAAAAAAUGACGUGAAAGCUUCGAUGUGGUCGACCAUAACCACAAUUCAUAAUAAACUCUAACAAUGUAUUGUUAUUUAUAUGAGGCUAUUUAGUGGAAUGUAAUAUAAACUGGCUGGUGAUGACUAAAUGUCUUUUUCAGUGCUGAUGGGGAGAAAUGAUGGAGCAGCUGUGUGGUCUAUCCACCUAAACACUCAUAUGUACUGGACUUUAUUAUAUCUUUCAGCUCAACACACAUACAAUGUGCAUGUCAUUACAUUCAUGUGCUCUGAAAUCCUGCAAAAUACUGCUAUAUCCAACAACGUGUGUAAAAGCCACUAAUCAAACUGCCUUAGCUCACAUAACACUGUGCAAUACGCUGUAUGGUUAUAGAAGCUAAACAAUGUUUCAUAAUGACCCUGUGUGAUACAGUCUGUACUCUGUCGUGACUAAAAGCUUGUACAAUGAACGUUCCAAUAAACAAUUUUGUACUGAU